AUGGGGUCAGCUCAGGAGUCUCUUGAUAUUUCUACAGAUGAUCACGACUCUGAUGAUGCCGUACUCGAGCGUGGUAUCACGCAUCCCAUCUCAAAGCCAGCGCAAGCUCCAUGGGAUUUGACCAUCUCCUACGAGGAUCUGCAGAAGUUUCUCGAAGGCAGCAGACCGAUGGAUAUGGACGACAAAUGGCUGUGCGAAACAUUUGGGCCUAAUAGUGAAGGAGAAUAUCUUGUGCAUUUCACUCGGAGCUGGACGUCAUUCACGAUCAUCGCUAUCAGGAUCCAGGCCGAAUUGAACGAGGAUGGCGAGCCACUCCCCGACAAGCCAGUACGUGUGCAUGAGAUUUUGUGGGAGACGGACCGGGAGAAAUACAAUAGCUCGGACUCAACAAGCGAGUCUAUGAAGGAAAUGGCCAGGGGCUUGGCGAAGGGGCUGGUGCAAGUAAAGCUUCCAGGGAGUGACUGA